GUAGGCUGGGUGUUUUUAUUGUUAAGCAUGUUGUGAUGUGGAACGAGUUUCGUGCACAUCCCUCCCUAGCUCUGCUAAAUUGGAGUGCUAGAAAUCCUGCGAAAGAGAAGAUCGCACAUGUCACUCGUUUCAAAACCUUAAGGUUUUGCGAAAUGUAGCCAUAUUUUUGAAGCUUUCACGCAUCUGAGCAGGGUUAUUGGAAUUUUAUUUUUAGGUAGGCCUGUUAAAAGUUGAGCAACCAUGAAGAAGAACAAGAAACUGACGAGCGGCGCAGCAAGAGAAGUUGUGGGCCGUGUUUUUACCGUGGGAAGAUAUCAAGUGUCAGUGGAGGAUGUCAUCGCAGAGGGAGGUUUUGCUUUGGUUUUCCUGGCUAAAGCUCGAAACGGCCGGCAUUUUGCACUCAAGAGGAUGUUUGUCAACAAUGAGCAGGACUUGGCAGUCUGCAAACGGGAGAUUAAAAUUAUGGCAAGUUUGACAGGCCACAAGAAUAUUGUGCCAUAUAUUGAUUCCAGCAUCAUCAAGGGCAAUUCUGAUGUCUAUGAAGUCCUCAUUCUUAUGGAAUACUGCAGAGAUGGGCAUGUGGUCCAACAGAUGAAUGAGAGACUGAACACGGGCUUCACUGAACAUGAGAUCAUGAGGAUAUUCUGCGAUGUAUGUGAGGCCGUGUCCAGACUACACCACUGCCAGACUCCCAUCAUACACCGGGACCUCAAGGUGGAGAACAUUCUUCUACACCCCAAUGGUAACUACAUGUUGUGUGAUUUUGGCAGUGCAACAGGUAAAGUCUUGGACCCAAAGCUGCAUGGGGUCCAACCAAUUAAGGAUGAACUAGAAAGGUACACCACCUUAUCUUAUCGCUCUCCUGAGAUGAUUGAUCUUUAUUCAGAGGUACCAAUAACCACCAAGGCAGAUAUAUGGGCCAUGGGUUGUAUGCUGUACAAGUUGUGUUACUUCGCUCUUCCAUUUGGAGAAAGUAGCUUAGCCAUACAGAGUGCCAUUUUCACCAUACCUGACAACUCACGCUACUCUAAGGAGAUGCAUUCGCUUAUAUGCUACAUGUUGGAAGUGGAUCCAGACAAGCGACCAGACAUCUACCAAGUCUCUUACGUUGCAUUCAGAAUGAUUGGAACAGAGACACCAGUCCAAAAUCUACAUAGUUCACCUGUUCCUGGCAUGAGUAAGCUACCAACACCAUUAACAGAGACGGAAUACCGACAACAGCAGGACAAUCGAUCUAAGCAGAACACCAACAGGAUAUCAGCCACUCCCAUGGAUGUUAGCACUUCAGUGACACCUCGACAACGACCCAAACCAGGUCAAGCCGGUGCUGCCCCACCCAUGAGUGUGUUGCAGCUACCUGUCCCUGCAUCUAAGGGGCGUGGUAAACCAGGAGUCUCCGCCCCUACUCAGGGAGCACCGGGGAACAGAGUGAGCCCCCAGCAAGUACAGCAAGCAUUUCAAGAUCCCCAGCAGUUACAGCAGCAACAGCAACAAGCUGCAGCAUCCCAGUCAACUCAGGUGCAUAGACACACCCCAACCCAGCAGCAACAGCUGCAACAGCAGAAGUUAAAACAGCAGCAAUUACAACAGCAACAGAUGCAACAGCAGCAGUUACAACAGCAGCAGCAGUUGCAACAACAGCAGCAGUUGCAGCAGCAACAACAGUUGCAGCAGCAACAGCAGUUGCAACAACAGCAGCAGUUGCAGCAGCAACAGCAGUUGCAACAACAGCAGCACACUGAUUCUCUGAUAUCUGAGUAUACACCGCAGCAGUUGGUGCAGCAGGCUUUUUCAAUGCAGCAACAACGUCAGAUGAAUACAACGCCACAGUUUCCUUCUACAGGUUUACAACAGCAGUAUGCGGGACCACAACGCCAUGCUUUUGUCCCUGUUAAUGCCAGCUACCAUCAACAAUACAGACCUCUGCAAUCUGGAUUUGUUGGUGCACAGCAGUACCCACCUGCUACACCUCAGCAAUUCACCAGACAGUUGAGCCAGCAAGAAAUGCAGAUUCAACAGCAACAGCAAAUACAACAGCAGCAGUUACAACAGCAACAACAAAUACAACAACAGCAACAGUUACAACAACAGCAGUUACAACAACAGCAGUUACAGCAACAGCAACAGCAACUUAAGAUGCAACAGCAAAUGCAGCAGCAACAAUUGCAGCAGCAGAGACUGCAGCAAGAACAACUCCACCAAAAGCAGUUGCAGCAACAGCAAAUGCAACAGCAGCAGCUUAAACAACAGCAGUUACAGCAGCAACAGCAGUAUGCUCAGCAACAAGCUCAUCAGCAGCAGAAACAACGUUCUGAACAACAGCAGCAGCUCUACCAACUACAGCAGCAACAACAGCAGCAACAUCACCAGUUGUUUGUGCCAGCUAACAGGGAUGGUUCAAUCUCACCAGGCCAUGCCAGGCCUCAGAGUUUUGCAGCGCAAGGCCCGGUGUGUAACCCAUUCAAGGAUCAAGGAGAUUUUGCAACACUGUCUCCUGACCAAGUUGUUGACAGUGAAUUUGACAUGCUUAGGAAAAUGGCCCCUGGUGAAGAUUCACAGCGGUCAUCUAACACAGAUAAAUUUGGGGCUGUCCCGUUCACUUCCUCAGAAGGUAACCAAAGACCUAGUAGUGCAAUUGAGCUUGACAACCUUACCAGUUUGGGCACCAACCAGUCUCCUGCACAGCCACAGCCAGAUGAUAACACUGUUGAUGAAUUUGGUGCUCGGCCCUUCGUCAGCCCUCCCGUCACAAGCCCCAUGGACAUGAUAGUGGGCCAGACCCUCAGUGUAGCAUCCUCGGGGGACGCCGUUAGACCCCCCUCUGGAGCCUCAGAAGAGGGGGGUCUGAAAAAGAAGACAAUUCCAGAUUUGGUCCUGCUUGGAGAUUUUGGUGAUAACCCCACUGCUGAGUGUGUGGACAAAGAUCAGGCAGCACCUCUGGAUUUCAGCAAUCCCCAGCGACAGCUAGAUGAGUUUGGUGCUGAGCCAUUCUCACCUCGGCGAAAGGUCAGUGAAUCUAGUAGUGAACGAGAUGACAGGGCCACAGAUAGCCUUCGUGACUACAGCUAUGAGGACUUUGAUUCUCAAUCUUUGGAGAUCCACAAGGAUGAAGAACAUGUACACCGAGGACUAUUGGACAAGGAGGACUCAUCUGAAGAGGAGACGGAGGAUGAUUCUGAUCAGCAAGACCAUGAAGAAGCUGUCGCCCUAACCUCACCAAUUCGAGAGGAAGACCUCUCUGAUGCCGAGCUGGCUGGGUUGAAUCUCCGUGAUCCCAACCCUCCUGUUGGGAAGCUCAUUGAUAUGGGUGAUGAGGAUGACCCCUUUGGCCAAGCACCAUUCAGGACUGCUGUCCAAUCAGUCCCCCAAUCUGCCAUCCCUAAAUCCAGGGUUGAACCCCUUAGCUCCUGUACCCUUACACCUCCCGUCUCACCUCCCACUCAUGAUGUCAAGCCUGACCCUUUCAGUGAAGCUCCAUUUGAUCCCAGAAACGUUCAGCGACAAGGAAGUCGUACUUCGUCAACAUCAGAAAGCUCUGAUGUCUUCUCUAAGGCCCCUUUCCCCUCCAAGAAGCGGCCAGAUACCCAUCAAUCUACCACUGGUGCCCACAAACCUAAGUCUCAGCGUUCCAACACUGACUUAUCAGCCACUGGUAACCCUACUCCUCCAAUUUCUCCCACUGAGAUGGAACAUGUAGGGAAGGUUGCUGUGAAGGUGCAAGGUGUGGCCCAGCAAAGAGGAGCUGAUCUGUUUGGAGCUGUUCCAUUUGAAGCUGUAGCUUCUAAGCUAACCGUGACUGAAGGCCAACCAUCAAGUGUACAGACACACCAUAAACAUGCACAUGAUACUGCCAUCCACAAGCGUCCACAUGUAGUCAGCACAGCCGGGGGUAUCCGCAGGGCAGGACGUACAGCGUCAGGGGGCAGACGUCGACGAAGUGGGAGUAACAGCUCCAGAUCCUCCCGCCGUAGUAGUUCAAGCUCCGCCUCCAAUUCCCUCAAAUCAAGCCCAGGCAGCCUGCCACGUCAGAUAGGUUCACAAGAGAGUCUGGAUGCCUUUGGGUCUAAGCCCUUUGCGGCAGACGACCCGGGCUCAAACCCUGUCACAAACCAGGCAGCUUUAAACAAAAGUAAGACCCAGUUUGAAGAUGAUUUUGCACCUCAUCCCCAGCUUGAUAAGUUUGGGAAGCCCCCCUUUGUGGGUGGGGCAGGGGCAGCGGCAGCGGCAGCUGCUGAUGAAACAGACCCAUUUGGUGCUGUUCCCUUCAAACCUCCAAAGGUCGUUGGUGAAGUCAAAAGGCAAGGUGCACAGAGAAGGGUCCUACCCAAAACACCACAGACCUUUCAACAAACAAGCCUGUGAUGAGUCAUGGGGAUCAGGUCAAAGUUGAGGGGUCACAAAAGUUCCAAUGUACCACAGAAAUGUGACCAUUAAUAACUCUUUGAUUGUAACAAUAUGCUUGUAAGCAUUUGCUUAAGUUAUUUAAAUGACAAUUUUGAAUGUACACGAGAAGUUAAGAAAUUUCCCUGUAAUUGCCAAUGCUAGUGUAAUGGUGAUGAGUAAGGAUAAGGUUAAAUCUAAAAUGGAGCCAUGUCGUUUUGCAAUGAAUGGACAUGGCAUUGCCCACAAGGCCAUACUGUUGAUUGAAUAUGGGAACUUCUCAGGCUAGGAACAAAAAUGGAUUUGCAAUUUUCUGAAAUUGUUAUGAGGUUGUUUUAUAUUAAAUUCUGUGAUGAUCAUUGGAUCAAAGCUAUGAAGUAUGGAUAACUGGUUCCCUCUGUGGGAUGUUUGGGUCUGUAUGUUCCUGAUAUUAGCAAUACAGCACCAUGGCUUGGUCAGAGCUAUGGCCUUUCAUAAUUGUACUUUUUUGUUGUAAUUGUGCCCAUGAGAUAUAUACUGCAUAUAUGCAUGAUAGAGGGCAGUAUGCAGGCCUCCCAAGAAUGCAGGUGAGGCUAACCAUAUUGUGCGUUUUGCUGCAAGUGCAAAAAUUGUUGUGCUCAGUGCCAUUAUACAACCAAAUUUUGGGCAGAGUGCUUAAGAGUUAAUUAAUGUUUCAGAACUGGGUAUAAUUUCUUUGCAACUGUAGGUUUAUUUGUUAUGUGAUGUCCUCAUGAUAUUGUUUACUCUGCAGUACGAUGCACGGCCUACUGUUGCAAAGAUUUCGAAGUUAGACAUUUCAUAUUUGCUGACUUACCACUUGUAUUAUAGCAUUCUGACAGGAAACUUUAAGCUUGGUUUUUGUGUAUGAACUCGUUAUCGUGUAGCAGAUUUUGAGGUAGUUGAAUUUGUCAUUCAGGCAUAGAUUAGUCACAGUGAGUGGUUUAUUGGUAGAGUUCACUACUCUCUGAUGCUUCUGUUUGCUUUAUCAGCUUGCCAGUAUAUGUAAAUGAAUUGUGCCAUAUGCAUUGUUACUUGACAGGAGAGGACUGUGACUGGAGCUCCUUAUGAUUGUAAUGAUGCAUAAUUCAUCAGCCAGUGUGAAUAUUUUAAUAGCAAUCUUAUGCUGCUUUGUAUUAUUGGUUGGUAGUUUAGUGGGACUGUUACAGUUAUUAAUAUGUUGCUCUUAUUUAUCCGUUUCCAUUUGAAUGAUUUACAAAACCUUUUUGUUUUGUAAAUGAUAGCUGCAUGACGAUGGAAAGACAAUCACUAGGAUGUGUGAGCUGAAUACUUUUUUUCACAGCGGCAUUAGAAAUUAAGCAUUGAUUAUUACCAUUGCUUUUAGAUGAUACUGAAGCAUGAAAUUAUCACAUAAUGUCACCCCAGCAGAGUCACACCAAUCAGUAGCCAGACUGAAGGAUUCUGAGUUAAUAGUGAUGCUUCAAGAUCAGGAGGUGUAACUACCAGGCACUUACAAUGUACAUGUAGCUUUUUCUGUGUCAGUGAAGUAGAUUUCUUUUUAGUACAGGUAACUCAGCAAUGUGCAUACAUAGGCAGAGACGUGCUGCAGUUAUUUGUGACAAUGAACCACAAGCCUUUCACUGUAAAUACCUGCACCAUACACGUCAAGUUUUAUAUCAAAGAAUAGAGGGGCAUACAGGUGUAUUUAAACUGGUCACAAGAGUAGUCACAAUUGUGCCAUUGUUUAAUUACUGUUUUGGAAAGGGUUAUCAUUCGUCAAGCAAAAAUUGAUUGAGUUUAGUCAUGUGUUGAUUAUCACUUGAAUGUAAUACAACAAAAAUAAGACUGUAUUGGUGUUUAAACAUUCUAAAGGUUUAUAAUUAUUUAGGAUAUCUCUUGGUGAAAAACCUGAAGAAUGGUUCAAAUCCCUCAACAUUUGUAGAAAGUGUGCACUGUCACAUAGGAUUUUUUUCUGGAAUCGGAAUACAAAUUUUUUCCUUGAGUUCAGUUAUUGUUUUUAGUAAACACAAGGGUAUUUUUUUUCUUUUUUGAGUUAAGUUGCCAUAUGUUAAAUUUAAAGCAUGAACAUACAGUUUGUUUCAAUCGUUAUUUAGCAGCUAUUACUUCUAGAGUGGUUUGUUUUUAAGUCAUUUUUAUCUUCUGACCAUGGAGAAGAGUGUUAAACUGGAUUUGAACUGUGGUCUUCAGAUCUUUCUAGGUUGAGAUGUACAUGUAGUCAUGUACAUAAAACUAGCAAAUAAAGGACACUGAUGAACAACUUUUAAAAAAGUAUACCAUGUAUCAGUCAGUUGGCAGACCAAGCUUGUGAGCCUUUUUGAAGCAUUAUUGAAGUUCGCUAUUACAAAACAAAAGAUUUUACCCAAACCACAUAGCACCCUCCUUUAGUGUUUCUAAUACUUCAAAUAGUCUAAUUGGGUGAAAGGUCAGCUUUGGCACCUUACAGGGUGCGUUCGCGUGGUUACUCCUGUUAACACGAGUAGGAUGUGUGCACAUUACACUCGGGUACAGGAGUAUACUCCCCCCUCUAGCGAGAGUAUACUCUUGCUGACCCUCCGGUCAUACUCCACCCGUUCGAGCCCUCAGGAGUGUACUCGUGUUUAAUAACUUGAGUAGCUCACUCGAACCCACCCACAGAUACAAUAAUGCAGAGAAUGACCAUGAGUUUACCAAGAAUUUGUUGAGGUUGCUGACAUACUGCAGAGGUUUACUAUCCUGAUGCAUUCUUUCAGUAGAAACAGCUUACCAGCUACAUUCCAAUGUGAUGUUCAUUAUAACUAUUUCUCCAUUGAUAAUCCUUCAAGCAAUAUUUUUGGCCCAUAAAUGUCAAAUUAAAUUGCUCAUCCCUUAAUUACAACAUUUGGAUGCUGAAAUUUGACUUACAAUCAUGCAUACACUCGGCAUAUUCUUCUGCAUCAAUGUGCUCUUGCACUGGGUUGACAUGGUCCUAAUCAGGCUGUUGUGUCUGCAUUUAUCAGUGAGUCAUUCAGUAAAACCUCCUUUAAAUGUUUUAAAUAUGUGUACAUGUUCUAUCACUGCCGCCAAGUUUAGGCCACUAACUGUUUGCGCCUCUCCUUUCUCCCUUUUUCCACAAGAAAAAAAAUACAUGUAGCUUGGAUCAAUUACUGCAUUAAUUAGGGAGCUAUUUACUGUUAUUGAAAUUAAUCAAUUGUAAUAUUAAAAAGAGUGUAUUUUAUGAUGGUUAUGAAUUACAAAUAAAAAUAUAUACAACAGCAAGUUUUUUGCCCUGAAA